AUGGUCCAGGUGAUGUACACAGAGGUCAGGAGAGACAGAGUGGCUUCUCCCAGAGGAACGCAAGACCUUCUGUUUGACCUGAGUCACCGCGGCCAGGAUCGGGUGAAGGAUACGCAACCCUAUGAGGUGGUGGUGGGAGAACUGUUGCCCGGGACUACGUACCGUGUCUUGGUCAAAGCUCGUGGCGCGGCGGGGGAUGGGCGCCCCAGCCCGCCGAAGAACGUGACUACCGAACCCCAAGACCGCUGCUCGCCCCCAGACGCCCCGUCUAGACCAGAGGCCGCCGCCCUGUCUGACUCGGAGGUGGCCCUCUCGUGGAAGGCUGGCAGGAGCGCGGGGAGCUCUCCGCUCCUGCACUACACAGUGGAAGUGUCCCGGUCGGUGUGGAACGGGAGCUGGGAGUUGCUGGGGGAUCGUGUCCGUGCGGAGUCCCUGGUGAUCCGGGGGCUGGAGGCCGGGGUCUGGCACCAGUUUGCAGUGCGGGCCGUCAACACCCACGGCUCCAGCCCUCUCAGCGAGCCCAGUAACCGGGUCAGAACCCUGGCAGCGAAGAGUUUGGGGCUGGGCCAGCGAGCGUUCCGUUACGAGGUCGACCCUGGGAAGCGGUUCUCAGGCUCGGAAGAGACGGGGAGUGGACAUUCCGGGCGGCGUUCUGAGAUGGGAAAGGAGAGAUAG